AUGCCAUCUUCCCGCUUCCACUUGCCUGGAAGGAGUUUGGUUGCAGACUUUGCAAAGGGCUGCCUGGGGCCCAGCAUCUACUUAGCACACACCCUGGGGCCAGCUGAGAAUGUCAAAGACAAGCUUCGGGCCAUUGUGGUGACCCUGUCCUAUAGUCUCCCGACCCCUCGGCUCCGGCGACAGGCUCCUGGCCAGGGGCUGCCCCCAGCGGCCCCCAUCCUCAAUGCCCACCAGCCCAGCACCCAGCGGACGGAGAUCCACUUCCUGAAGCAAGGCUGUGGGGAAGAUAAGAUCUGUCAGAGCAACCUGCGGCUGGUCCACGCCCGUUUCUGCACCCGCAUCAGUGACACCGAGUUUCAGCCUCUGCCCAUGGACGCAGAUGGGACGACAGCCCUGUUUGCACUGAGUGGGCAGCCAGUCAUCGGCCUGGAGCUGAAGGUCAGCAAUCUGCCCUCGGACCCAGCCCAGCCCCAGGCCGACGGGGAUGACGCUCACGAGGCCCAGCUCCUGGUCACCCUCCCUGCCUCUCUGCACUACUCAGGAGUCCGGGCCCUGGACCCUGCGGAGAAGCCACUGUGCCUGUCCAAUGACAACGCCUCCCACGUCGAGUGUGAGCUUGGGAACCCCAUGAAGAGAGGCGCCCAGGUCACCUUCUACCUCAUCCUUAGCACCUCAGGGAUCACCAUUGAGACCACAGAGCUAGAGGUGGAGCUGCUGUUAGCCACGAUCAGCGAGCAGGAGCUGCGUCCGGUCUCUGCCCGAGCUCGUGUCUUCAUCGAGCUGCCGCUGUCCAUCACAGGGGUGGCCAUUCCCCAGCAGCUCUUCUUCUCCGGCGUGGUGCAGGGUGAGAGUGCCAUGCGGUCUGAGCGGGAUGUGGGCAGCAAGGUCAAGUACGAGGUCACGGUCUCCAACCAAGGCCAGUCACUCAACACCCUGGGCUCUGCCUUCCUCAACAUCAUGUGGCCCCACGAGAUUGCCAACGGGAAGUGGCUGCUGUACCCCAUGCGGGUCGAGCUGGAGGGCGGGCAGGGGCCCGGGCAGAAGGGGCUCUGUUCCCCCAGGCCCAACGCCCUCUACCUGGAUGUGGACAGCAGGGACAGGAGGCGGCGGGAGCUGGGGCAGCCGGAGCAGCCGGAGCCUCGUGAGCAGCCGGAGCCCAGCACGUCCUGGUGGCCAGUGUCCUCUGCUGAGAAGAAGAAAAACAUCACCCUGGACUGCGCCCAGGGCACGGCCAACUGCAUGGUGUUCAGCUGCCCUCUCUACAGUUUUGACCGCGCGGCUGUGCUGCACGUCUGGGGCCGCCUCUGGAACAGCACCUUCCUGGAGGAGUACUCAGCUGUGAAGUCCCUGGAGGUGAUUGUUCGAGCCAACAUCACCGUGAAGUCCUCCAUCAAGAACCUGCUGCUCAGAGACGCCUCCACGGUGAUCCCAGUGAUGGUAUACUUGGACCCCGUGGCGGUGGUGGCAGAAGGAGUCCCCUGGUGGGUCAUCCUCCUGGCUGUCCUGGCCGGGCUGCUGGUGUUGGCGCUACUGGUGUUGCUCAUGUGGAAGAUGGGAUUCUUCAAGCGAGCGCGGUACCCCGAAGCCGCAGUGCCCCAGUACCACGCGGUGAAGAUCCCGCGGGAAGACCGGCAGCAGUUCAAGGAGGAGAAGACGGGCACGAUCCUGAGGAACAACUGGGGCAGCCCCCGGCGGGAGGGCCCCGACGCGCACCCCAUCCUGGCUGGGGAUGGGCAGCCCGAGCUGGGCCCCAAUGGCCACCCUGUGCCAAGCACUGCCUAG